UGCGUGUUGCGUGUAUGUGUGCAAAUGCAAAGUGUUUGAAUAGAAUGUGCUGUGCAUUAGUCGACAAAUGCGCACCUAAUUUUUUUUUACUAUCGGGCCUAAACGAGAAUCAAAAUGGAAGAAAAUACACCUACUGUUAGUUUGGUCUCCUGUAUGCACUUUGUGCGCCGCGGGGUAGCCAAACAAGUUCCUGAAAAGAUCGAGCUGACAGAAAAAGAGCUUGAGAAAAUUAUAAAACAAACUGCAGAUGAGUUGCGUUUGACAGAGAGAGGAGAAGAUGUAUCCGAUGAUGAGGCUGAGGCAGGUCCCAGUUCUGCCCGACCUCCUCCAGAGAAUCCCAAUGAUGAGUUUGAUUUUGAAAAGUAUGAUGAAGAAGAUUCAAGUAACCCAGUGGGCAUAGGAACUGUAGCAACUUUACCCAACUUAGGAGACUUGGGUGACAAUGUCCAGAUUAGGACAGACGGGCCGGACAGUGACGAGGAGGAUGACAUCAUCAAGCCCAGCGACAACCUGCUUCUCGUCGGCCACGUGGAGAGCGACGCCAGUGUUCUAGAAAUUUACAUUUUCAACAAAGAAGAAGAUUCUUUUUACGUACACCAUGACAUCGUUCUGCCGUGGUUCCCGCUGUGCAUUGAGUGGUUGAGCCACGACCCUUCAGACACCAAACCAGGUAAUCUUUGCGCCUUGGGUGGCAUGGACCCAGUCAUCCAGGUUUGGGACCUGGACAUCGAGAACUGCCUUGAGCCAGCCUUCAAACUCGGCCGGAAACCCAACAAAAAGAAGAAGACCAAGAGAGUUGGCCAUAAAAACGCUGUUUUGGACAUGUCUUGGAACAGAAAUUUUACACAUGUUUUGGCUAGUGGGUCUGCUGACAACACGGUGUUGUUGUGGGACCUCGACCAGGGAACCCCCCACACGAAGCUGGACUAUUUUCAGGACAAAGUGCAGUCUCUGAAGUUCCACCUGCGCGAGCCGCAGACGCUGUUGUCGGGGAGCUGCGACGGCGCGGCGCGCGUGUCGGACUGCCGCGACGCUGCGGCGCACCGCGCCUGGCGACUCGGCCCCGAGAUCGAGCGCGUCGCCUGGGACCCGCACAACCCCUACUGUUUUGCAAUGAGCAACAACGAGGGCCGCGUGGCUUACGUGGACGUGCGACACGACCAGCCCGUGUGGGACGUCACGGCGCACGACAAGGAGAUCACAGGUCUCAUCCUGAGCGAAAUUCCCGGCCUUAUGGUUACCGUCAGCACGGACGGCAAACUCAAGACUUGGGACAUCCAAAGAACGCCGCCUGCGCAGGUGAGCGAGCGCGCGAACCGCGUGGGGCAGGCGCUGUGCGCGGCCGCGUGCCCCGAGGAGCCAUUCUCGCUGGCGCUGGGCGGCGACAACAAGGAAUGCUUCAUCGAGAUGCUCGACCUCACCGCCAACGAACAAGUAUCAAGCGUGUUCGAACCUCGAGCUGCGGCCGCAGCGCCUCCCGCCGGCGCUACCGCCAUGGAGACGUAGACCCAAAAUACCCUAAUAAAUAUAUUACAAACACACAAACAUACACACACGGUAAUGUUGUUCGUUGAAUUACCUUAAAUCACAUUCACAUUAGGCUCAUAGAUUGCGCCCAACGCGGUAUCAAUGUCUUGUGACUACAACAUAGAUGUUUUCUGUGUCUCCAUUCUCGAUAAGAAAGUAAAUCUAUACCACCUUUAUAGCUUGCUCGAAGUUUAUAACAACGCUUUGCCGGACUAAGCCCUUGAACGUCCUCUAUCUUAACAAUAAAUUGUCAAGCAACAUUUAAGCAAGCUUAUUUGUUAAGAACAUAUAGUAUUUUUCUGUAGUAGAAGUGCAAUCUAAGAAAAAAUACUAAAAAUAGUGCCCCCCCCCCCCCCCCCCCCGAGUUUCACAGCUAAACUAGAUGAGGCUUUAUAUAUAUCUAUAUAGCGCCACGUUUUAUGGUAACUGAACUGACAAAUAAUGAUUUUGAACAACCGAAACUACCAAUUAGGUAAUAUACGGAGUCAACUUCGAAGAAGAAUUUUUUCUACACUAUACCUUCUCUACUAUGUCUAUCUUUCCUAUCUCUUUGAUUGAGUAAAUGCAUUUUGAUGGAGUCCUAAUAUAUGUUGAUGUUGUGUUAUAUAACUCUAAUCAUAGAUUAGUAUAUAUUAUUACGCUCUAAUAGGUAUCUAGAACAUAGUCAACUUAGCUUCGAUCGAAAGACCUACGAUAUGACGUUCUGAUAUUCCACCCACAGGAUCAUUUACAAGGGUCAGGUUCAUUUUCAUUUUUUUAGGAGUGUACAAACAAGCUAUAUUUAGCUACCCGAAAAAGUUUACAUUUAAGCGGAUGUGGUACGGGUUUUAUAUUGAUGUUUAUAAACCCUACGUAUAUAUUUGUUGUAAUAAAAAAAGUAUUCUUCAAUA